AUGGCUACUGACGUCGCGCUCGAGACCUCGAUGGGCAACAUCGUCGUCGAGCUCUACAACGACCAUGCACCGCGUACCUGCAAAAACUUCGCUACCCUUGCCCAGCGCGGAUACUACAACAAUGUCAUCUUCCACCGCAUCAUCCCCAACUUCAUGGUCCAGACCGGCGACCCCACCGGCACCGGUCGCGGAGGCCAGUCCAUCUACGGCGAAAAAUUCGAAGACGAGAUCUCGGCUUCUCUCAAGCAUACCGGCGCGGGCAUCCUGAGCAUGGCCAACAGUGGGCCUAACACCAAUGGCAGCCAGUUUUUCAUCACCCUGGCGCCCACACCCUGGCUCGAUGGGAAGCACACUAUUUUCGGUCGCGUCAAGAGCGGUCUGCGUAUCGUCCAGCGCAUGGGUCUUGUCAAGACCAACAAGGAGGACAGGCCUGAUGAGGAAGUGAAGAUCGUGAGGGCUAGGAUUCUUGAGAAAGAUGAGGAGGUGUGA